CCUAGCUUUUCUUCCUCCUUUCUUUCUUUCCGUCGAUAAUACCUUGCUUUCCGCCUUUCCCUACAGGAAGACAGUAAGUCAACACUUCCCCUGUAGUUUUCUCUCACUUACUCACCUCCCAAACACCCGAAGACCCUAACUUUCCCCAUCCCCGAAUCCCGCCAGCACCAGUUGCUGACAAUGCGCGGCCCAAUUCCUGUUCUCAGUGAGAGAUUUCGGCUGUGGGAAGCGCGGAAUCAAAGCUGAAACCCGGAGAGGAGAGAGGCAUUUCUUCUAUCGGGGCAGAAUCGAAUAAUGUCGGGCCCGCCGAGAUUUUGGUCGUUGAACACCCCCGAGCCGGAGAACAAGGCCCCGAAAAACCCGGCGAAGAAGCCCGGGAAGCAAGAGUCGGAGGCCAAUAAGGAGAGGAAAUGGAGGAAAGUGGCGGCGGUUCUGCGGCAGAAAUCGAUGAACGCGUCUUGCUCGUCUGAAGCUUCUUCGGAUUCGGCGAGUAGCAGCAGUCGGGCAUCGUCAUCCUCGUCGGCGUCGGUGUGGUCCGACUCCGGCCGAAUGCGGCGGAGCGGCGGCGUGAUGAAGAGGAGGCAAUGUGGAGUCAAAAUUGACAAGGAGGAAGAGAAAAAUGGUGGCGGUGGUGGAAUUGCAGCAUUGGAGGAGACUGACUAUGGUGGGUUAGUGGGUAAAGUCGAUUGCUUUGAUCAGAGUAAGAAGAGGUGCCCUUGGGUUACUCCUACGUUGAACAAUGCUACACAGCUUCAUGACGAAGAAUGGGGAGUGCCAGUCCAUGAUAACAGGAAACUUUUUGAACUACUAUGUUUGUCUGGUGCCUUGGCAGAACUAUCAUGGCCUGCCAUUCUUAGUAAGCGGCAGACAAUUAGGGAAGUGUUUCUAGGUUUUGACCCAGUUUCUGUGUCGAAACUGAAUGAGAGGAAGCUCAUCAUGGCAGGAAGCCCUGCCAGCUCCCUACUACCAGAACAGAAGCUGCGAUCAAUCCUUGAAAAUGCAGGCCAAAUUUGCAAGUAUAGAACUCUCAAUUGCGGCUGUUAAUAUGUAGCACAGGUUGUCGAAGAGUUGGGUUCAUUCGACAAGUACAUCUGGAAUUUUGUGAACCAGAAGCCCUUAGUGAACCAAUUCCGGUACACCCGCCAGGUUCCAGUGAAGACUUCAAAAGCAGAGGCGAUGAGCAAAUAUCUUGUGAGAAGGGGAUUCCGUAGUGUGGGGCCGUGGUUGUAUACUCUUUCAUGCAGGUAUCGGGUCUAACGAAUGACCAUCUUGUCAGUUGCUUCCGAUACCAUGAAUGUAUAUGGCGGGAGCUGAAGCAAAGGCAACAACAGCAAAAGAAUAUGAAGGCCAAGGCGGGAAAGGAAGAAGUUGAUUAGCCAUUCAUUGGGUUUGCGGAUAGCGAGAGUGUGGUGAACUGAGAGAGAUAUGGUUAUGGUGGUGGUGGUGCCCUGACGGGGAGUGUAUGUAUUCCUUCUGUAAAAGUGGUUUAUUCACCAGCUGCAUAAUAGAAUCUGGGUGAAUGCUUUGCAUCUGUUAGUGUAGAAUGCUGGUGCUGGAAGCUUGGGGGAGUCUCGAUCGGUUAGUGUAGAAAGAAUGGGAAGGGGAGACUGGAAACUAUAAUUCUAUGUGUUUGGAUUCAGUGCACCUGAAGAAGUUUCUUUCACAAAGAUGAUUCCUGUUAUAAAGCCUAAGCUUCAUG